CGGUCUCGCCUCCCUUCCGCGCUCGCGGACACUCACCUCACCUCCCCUGCCCCCGCCCCCCGCGCUCCCCGCGUCAGCACCACUCGCCGUUCUUCUAAUCUUCUUCCUCUUCGUUUCCCCGGGGCCGGACCGGAUGGACCUGCCGCCCAGCCCCAGCUCGGCGCCGGAGCCGUGCCAGUGGGCCGGCGCCGGGCUCGGCUCCGCGGCGUGCGGCCUGGCCGGCAGGGUGCUCUGCGUCGUCGCCACCUGCGUCUUCGCCGCCGUGGGGUCGCUGGUCGGGGCGGUGACGGGGUCCGUGAUCGGGCUGGCCACCGAGAGCGGGGUGCUGCGCGGCGCCGGCAUUGGGGCCAUCUCCGGCGCCGUCUUCUCCAUCGAGGUCGCCGAGGCGUCGCGGGACCUCUGGCACUCGGGCGACUCCAGCGUCUGGACCGUUCUCUACAUGGUGGACAUCAUCUCCAGCCUCCUGAGCGGCAGGCUGGUCCGGGAGAAGGUGGGGCCGGCGGUCCAGAGCGCCGUGCAGAGUCAGAUCAGCGCCAUCAGCUCGCCGUUCGCGGAGACGAGCGACCUGUUCGAGACGGGCGGCAGCAGGGGCCUCCCGGUGGAGGCGGUGCGGCGGCUGCCGGCGAUGGCGAUCGCGGCGGACGGCGCCGUGGACGCGGCGGGGGAGGCGCUGUGCUGCUCGGUGUGCCUGCAGGACUUCCGGGUGGGCGAGCCCGCGCGGAGGCUCCCCGGGUGCUGGCACGUGUUCCACGUGCCCUGCAUCGACUGCUGGCUCCUCCGGCACGGCUCCUGCCCGCUCUGCCGCCGAGACAUCUGAGCCCUCGAUCGCCGCCGGCGCCGGGCCGUCGUGGGCGACUCCUCGUCGUACGGUCGUUAGUUGGUGGGUUAGUGGAGUAUGAUUCGAGGGGCGGCACCGGGUGCCCGUAAGGGAAAUGGUGCCCUCUGGUAAGGAAAAAAAAAAGAAACCAAGUCCCCUAAACGAUCAAAGGAAAAGGAAACGGCAUGUGUGACGUGACGAUCGUAAUGUUGUUGACAAGAGAUGGAAUGGAAUGUGUGGAUAAUAGUGGUUCAGA